CGCUUUUCAGAUCCAAAAUUUUAAUUUAAAAAAUGUCGGAUGUAAACAGUGCUCCAAAACUAUCCAAAAAGCGUAAACUUGGAAAAAACAAAAAGAAAUCAUGGAGAGUUUCAAAAAUCGAAGAAGUUGAAGAUUUUCUUGACGAUGAAAGGCGACAAAUUCUAACAGGAGGAUUAGUGACAGAAAAAACAGAUGAAACUUUGUUUGUUAUUGACAAGAAAGCAAAAGAAGACACUCCUUCAUCUGAGACAAAGUCAAGAAAGAGUUUUCGGAACAGACCGUUAAAUUGUGUUGCUUUACUUCAACCUGAUCCACAUAGUAAAGUGGUGCGAAAGCCAGAUGAUGUGACAUUUCAAAAAGGAAAGAAAAGAACCCAGAGACUAAUUGAACGCACUAAAGCUCUAACACAGGCACGCUUGUUAAAGAAACAGAAAAGACCUGUAACAGAAAAACUAGCUCCUACUGGAAAUGAAGAUUUGUGGUCAGAUGAUGCCAAUGACUCGAGUCAACCAAAAGCUAAGCGCCCCAAGACUGCUUCCAAAAAACCAAGCGCUUUGUCAGCUACUCCUUUUCCUCACCCUGGGACCUCCAUAAAUCCUGCUUUUGAAGACCAUCAGGCUUUGCUUUCAUUGGCCCAUCAGAAAGAAGUUCAGAAAGUUAAAAAAGAGAAAAAGUUGUACAACUCUCUUGAUGCUAAGUUUCCUUCUUCAGUGGAUGAGUCAACAUAUUUAGUGGAGAUGUCUGCUGGUCUAAUAGAUGAUUUUGAUAAUGAAUCUGAAGAUGAGAAUGAUACAGGAUUUAUUUCAGCCAAUCCCCCAGUCAGAAGAGAAGACAGAAAAACAAGGAAACAGAAACGAAUGAAAAAGGACUUGGAAAUUCAGGCCAAAGAAAAGUUAAAGGAAGAAGUGAUUAAAAAAAGAGAGAACAUGGUUCUAAGAUUGCCUUCAAUCAAAUCAGAAAUUAAUAAACAAGAAAGACUGAGAAAAGAAAGAGAAGCCCUAAAGUUGAAGCAGCAAGAAGAAGAAAAGUUCAAGACCAGACGUCUUGGCUCCAUAAAAUUUGAAGAACCUGAUCUUGAUUUGAAACUUUCUACUGAGCUGACAGCAUCUUACAGAGAAUUGAAGCCUGAGGGUCAGCCCAUUGUUGACAUUUUCAAGAGCAUCCAGCGGAGAAAUAUUGUGGAACCCAGGGUCAAACAAAGAAUGAAGAGGAAGUACAAACCAAAAGUAUUUAUCAAGAAAAGUCAUAAAGCAGUCAAGUUGUGAACUUGUUGCUGUUGUAUAUAGAGUCAAAUGUUGAAGUAAACAGAUAAAUGCAAA